AUGCUUCUCCUCGACUACCAGAACGUCCUCAUUGAGUCUCUGCUGAAGGACCGCUUUGCUGGAGGUGCUCCGGCAAACAUUGACCAGGUCGUCUCUGACUUCGAUGGCGUCACUUUCCACAUCUCGACCCCAGAAAGCAAGACCAAGAUAUUAGUGUCACUCAACAUCAAAUGCUACCAAGAGUUGGUCCAGUACGGUGCACAGUCGGUGCUGGAGCGCGAAUAUGGGCCGUACAUUGUCGAACCCGAGUCUGGCUAUGACUUCUCUGUACUAGUCGAUCUGGAGAAUCUGCCAGAAGGAGACGCGGAGAAGGAGGACUUGGUCAGGCGCAUCUCUCUGCUCAAGCGAAACGCCAUGGCGGCACCCUUUGAGCAGGCUUUCGACGAAUUCCAUCAAUUGCAGGAGGAGGCUUCGAAGUACACCUCCGAGUCGGCGCCGCAAGGUGUGGCAGAGGGUGGUGUCGUGCGUGCAAUCCACUAUCGUGACGAGGAGGCCAUCUAUGUCAAGGCCAGCCACGACCGCGUCACAGUCAUCUUCUCUACCGUCUUCCGUGAGGAGACGGACAGGAUCUUUGGCAAAGUCUUUCUACAAGAGUUUGUGGAUGCCCGGCGGAGAGCUAUCCAGAACGCACCACAAGUGUUGUUCAGACACGACCCACCACUAGAGCUGCAAGGCAUUCCUGGGGUUGACAAGUCUGGUUCUGCCGAUAUCGGAUACAUCACAUUUGUGCUCUUUCCUCGCCAUCUCACCAAGCAGAGACGAGAGGAGGUCAUCUCACACAUUCAGACCUUCCGAGACUACUUUCACUACCACAUCAAAGCCUCCAAAGCCUUCAUUCACUCUCGAAUGCGCAAGCGGACGGCAGACUUCCUGCAAAUACUACGUAGAGCCCAUCCAGAGACAGAGGAGAAAGAGCGCAAGACAGCUAGUGGACGUACAUUCAGGGUCCAGGCGUGA